GAAGAACGCGUCUCUGCGUUUGAAUCCGUCAAAAGGCCGUAACGCGUCGCUGACGAACGAUAUAACGGUAUGUAUAUAUAUCUCUCUGUUAUGUUGCCCUCUGUGCAUCAAACGCCGGUUUCUCCGUUCCGCUCCCGUUCCGGCCAUCUUCGCUAACCCUAAUUUUCCUUCUGUCCGAGCCACCGAUCGAUCUAUUGUCCACGGCAUGGGGAACACGGAGAAGCUGAUGAACCAGAUCUUUGAGCUCAAGUUCACCUCUAAGAGCCUGCAGCGGCAGGCGCGCAAGUGCGAGAAGGAGGAGAAGUCGGAGAAGCUCAAGGUGAAGAAGGCGAUCGAGAAGGGCAACAUGGACGGCGCCCGGGUCUACGCCGAGAAUGCCAUCCGCAAGCGCACGGAGCAGAUGAAUUACCUCCGUCUCGCGUCCCGUCUCGACGCUGUAGUCGCGCGACUCGAUACACAGGCCAAGAUGCAGGCCAUCGGAAAGUCCAUGGGAUCUAUCGUGAAGUCGCUCGAGUCCGCCCUCGCCUCUGAGAACCUACAGAAGAUGUCCGAGACCAUGGACCAGUUCGAGCGGCAGUUUGUCAACAUGGAGGUUCAGGCCGAGUUCAUGGAGGGCGCUAUGGCAGGGUCCACUAGUCUCUCCACUCCUGAGUCCGAGGUUAACAGCCUCAUGCAGCAGGUCGCCGAUGACUACGGUCUCGAAGUUUCCGUAGGCCUCCCUCAAGCUGCGUCGCAUGUCAUUCCUCCUGCCAAGGAGAAGGAGUCGGUGGACGAGGAUGAUCUUUCGAGGCGCUUGGCAGAGCUGAAGGCGAGGGGCUAGGAUUAGCUCUUCUCAAGGUGUUGGAAUCACCUUGCCAGCUGGAGCCACUGUAAGUGCAUCAGCUGUGAUUCUCAGUUAUUGCCAAUAAUUUUACAUACUCAUAUAUCAUAUGUAACAUAUUUACUAUCAGCCACAUCGUAUUUGAACUCGGGGAUAUCAAAGAUCUUGUUUGCAUAUCUUAUGAUGAAUCCAAACGCACUGAUUGAAACUUGUGGUGGAUUCCACCAAAUA